UUUCUUUCAUUUCUUUCCUUUCCUUUCCUUUCAUUUAUUGGUUUUCUUAUGAGAUGUGUACUCUGCACAUUAGCAAAUGUUGAAAAAUAAGUAAUUCUCUUAAAUUUUUUAUCGUCUUAAAAAAAAUCAUUAUUUUUUUAACCAAUCUAAUUCGUUAGCUAUAGGCAAGGGGUCACAUGAAGCAAUCACACCUAAUAUUUCACCUUUAUAUAUACUUAAAUCCAACAAUAUACUUAAUUAAAACUAUUGCAUCACUUUGGUAUUAACUUUCAUCCAAAAGUUAACUCAUUUAAUGUGUAAAUAUGUUGUCUAACAAUAGUGUUCAUAUUUUGUGAUUUUACCUUUCAUAUCAUGAGAAAUUAAAAAGUAAAAAAAAGAAUUUAAUAUUAAAUAAAAAAGAAGUCUUAUGAUUGAAAUGUUUUUAUGUGACCUUUUAUUAAGUGUGCUAAAAAGACAAAGAUAAUACUUUGAUGUAUUUAAGAGACAUUUUAUAAUAAUUUUAAUUUUAAAAAUAAUUUUCUACAAUUUAUUAGAGAGCUAAAAAAUAUUUAACUAAUGUAAGGAGAUGCCGGACUUAUAAAUUAGUGAUAACCCGAUUUUAAAUAUAAAACAGGAGAAAUAUGGUUAAAGCUGUUAAGUUUUAUUAUAUAAUGAUUAUCUUUCUUUCCUUAUUUACUUUUUCAAUGAACAGUAAAUCAAUUUUGGUAUGUAAAGUUAAUGAGGAUUGUCCAAAGGAAUUGUGCGAGCCUGGUAUGAUAGUGAAGUGUAAGUUUAGGAGGUGUAAUUGUUUUACAGUGUGGCAACGAGAAAACUUUGUGACCAAAUGAUUUUAUAUAUUUAAUAUCUGACCAAGAGAAUACACAGAUUAUACGAGAUGUGUAACUAUUGCAGAUUGUCCCACAAAUAUGUGUCGACCUCAUGAAAUGUUGAAGUGUAAGAACAAGUAUUGUAAAUGUUUAACAGUGUGGACCACAUAUAAGUUUGUGCCCACAUGAAUAUAAGUUUAGAGAUAACGCUAUAACCUUCAUUUUAGGCUUAUUGUAAUUUUUUUCAUUCCUACUCCAUAUAAAAAUAUCUAUUAAAUUGAAAAGUAUUUUUCUUAUCUUAACACAGAUAAAUAAGUUGGGAUAGAGAUGAAUUUUUUUACCGAUGAAAUUUUGACUUUGAUCUCUAAAUGUGAUACGAAUCCAUAUUGCUCUGUAGUUAUCGAUCACCUCUUCAUUCCAUCUCUUAACCACCUCAAACCACUUCUUCCAUCAUACUUCCUCCUCCCCGAAGAUAUCCGACAAAAAACCUUCUUCUGUUUCUUCAAUGAGACACCAGAAAUCUCCCAUUGGAGUGAUUUUUGUUGCAUAAUAACCCUCCAUUUCCAUUAUUGUUUGAAUAUUGACAGUUGAACCGACAACUAUCACCUUCCUUACGUAAGCCCGACGUAACCUCGUUUUAAUUUUCUCCGUUGAAGAGAAAACAAUCUCCGGCGAUUCAUUCACCUCCACACUCGGAACAGAACCUGUUAGUGCAUUAGCAAAAGUUUUGUACACCUUCCUUCCCCGAAAAGCCUCUCCCUCACGCCUCACAACCUGCUGAUGUUUCCCCCUAAACUCAUCCUCCCUCCUCCCACUUACGAUUCUGCAUAUGACCCUGGAGCUUCUCCUAUCAAAUCUGGGUAAAUUGGCAGGUAUCUUUUUUCUCAGGAUAUGAAUAUUGUCCAAUUUAACCGCCAAUAAUCUCAGAUUCACCACCUCAGAAAACCUUGCAAAGCCAAAUCUUUUGCCAAACUUGUUUCGUCUCUGAGAGAUAGCCACCUCCACGAUGUUGCCAUUGCACCCGAAUAACUCAAAUAACUCCUUUGCCUUCAUGUGGUCUGGAAACUCAGAAUAGUAGAUCGAGACCAGUUCCUCUCUGUUGCCUAGAAAAUGCAUUUUCCCGACUGGGUAGGAGUCCCAUUGUAGAACCCACCCUCGAAAAGCCUUCUUCCUCGCUUCCACCCACCCUCCUUGCUGAAUAAUAGGGCCACCGGACAUGGGGAGUCGGAAACCCUUACCCCUCUUUUUCAAAAUCGCCUCCACGCGAAAAAAAUUUAUACUACUAUUUAUAAUGAUAAUUACAAUAUAUAAAUGGCGGUGGAGGAUCUUACAAGGGGGAGAAGCGCCUUGGUACAAUGUUCUAAAAGCCCGGUAUGGUGAUUUGGUGAUGAAUUCAUUUUGUGGAGGUAUGUCUUCUAAUUUUUCUUCUUCUUCCACUUCUUCUUCUUCUUCUUCUUUUUCAGUGUGGUGGAAAGAUUUGAUUUCCAUAGGCAAUUGUUCGGCGGAAGACCCGAUAGUGUCGAAUUGUAGGUUUGUGGUUGGAAAUGGCUAUAACACUCUGUUUUGGGAAUCUUGUUGGGCGGAUAAUUAUAGUUUAAAGGAGCGUUUUCCGAAGUUGUUUGCGUUAUCUUGUUUGGUAAGGGUUUCGGUGGCUAGUAUGGGAGGUUGGGUUCAUGGAGUGGGGAAGUGGGGGAAUUUAGGUGUGGUCUUGGUUGAAGAUACCGACCCUUCGGUGGUGGCCGAGAAUGGCACGCUCCAUUACUUGUUGGGGGGCCGAAUUGUCCAUACGGAGGGGAGAGAUAAGGUUGAGUGGAGCGGUUCGGAAGGAGGUUCGUUUUCCGUUGCUUCUUGUUAUGAGUUUUUGGCCGGCUUAAACUAUCCUUUUGGUCCUCCGAAUAGACUCGAAGUUGUGAAGGAUUUAAUUUGGAAGGUGCAUGUGCCGUUUAAUAUUAAGGCUUUUGGUUGGAGAAUUUUAAUUAAUAGAUUACCAACCAAGGAUUUAUUGAUGGGAAGGGGUGUUCUUUUGUCAAUAGAGAAUUCUUUGUAUGCUUUUUGUGGUUCUAUUCCGGAAAGUUGUGAUCAUUCUUUUUUCAAGUGUAAAGAGGCGGGUGUGGUUUGGAGAGAGAUAGCGGUUUGGGUUGGAAAACCGAUUGGUGGUAUGGAAGAAGAUUGCUAUCAAAGCUUUAUGGAUUGGUUCCUCUUUUGUAAAAAAAAGAAAGUUAAGGAAGGUAAAUGUGGGGUGUUAUGGUUAGCUAUUGUUUGGAUUUUUUGGAUGUCUAGAAACGACUUUUUUUUCCGCAACGAAGGUUGGGUUGUUGAUAAUACGGUGUGGAAUAUCAAGUCUUUGUUAUGGAAGUGGUCGUUUUUUGGAGAAAUUACGCACCCAAUAUAUAAUUUUUAUGAGUUUACUAAAGACCCUUUGUUUUUUCUCUCAUAGCUAUAUUUGGUAUGUAAUUUCUUUUUGGCGGAUUUUUGUUUUUUUCCGUCCUCUGUGUAAUCAAGUUUGAGAACCCUUAGUUCUCCAAUAUAUUCCAUCUUACUUAUAAAAAAAAAAAACAAUAUAUAAUAACUCAGACAUAGAAUAAUGAAAAUCAUACAUCUAUUAUUUUAUCACAUAGAGAAAUUAUCCUACU